UUUUUCUGUUUACAAGUUCGGCCAAUAUCGCCAACUGCUCGAAAAUAUGAGACUCUGUGGUUUAUUUGAACUCCACUGUUUUUGUCGCCGUUCGAUCUUCGGGAAGAAUGUUCUUUCCCGGCUUUUUCAUCUCUAUCGGAAAUGUAUGAAUGGACAGCUGGAGUGACAAAGCUUUUUAAAUUAUUAUCUCUACAAAAUGAGCUCAAAAGUUGUUUGUCGUAAGAGAAGUAAACGAAAAAGCCGACAACUGCAGGCACUGAGAGAUUUCACAGCAGCGGAUACGUGUUAUAGUGAUGGAGCAAAUCCUCUGUCUUUUCACAUAGGUGAAAUCUUCACAUUUCUGAGUCGCCGGGACAAUUACUGGGUUAAUGUGGAGAGAACUGUUCGGAAACACAACCCUUUGCUCAAGACGAAAGAUUAUUCUGCUAUUGAGCGGGGUAUUGUGCCACUGGACUACGUAAUAGAGAUGGAAACCAAACAGAAUGAAGGAAUGUCUUCUUUGCCCAAUGAAGACGAUUACCCGGCCCAGGAUGGCGACGAAAGUCAAGACAACAUCUUCAAGUUCAGUUGUCAUUUGAUUUUCAGGUAUUAUGCUGUUGGUGAAACUGUGGUAUCCACUAAAGAGGAACUAGCAAUUACACAGCAAUCUUUGAUAGAGGAGCAGGAGAGAAGUCAUCAAUAUCAAAAGCAACUAGAAGACAUCAAGAGUCAAAUUAAUAAAUCAGGCAAUAAGUCAGCGAUUAAACUUUUGGACAAAAUUAUUCAAAAGGAAAUCAAAUCUCAACCAAAUGGAUUAAUACAAAAGACAAGAUCUGAAAGUUCAUCUGGUGAUUUAAUGCUCUCUUGUGCACUCUGCCAUGAAAAAAUGAGGGUGGAUGAACUUGCUACGCAUUCCAAGGUGUGUUCAUCAAAAGAUAAAGGAAAACCACCAACAACUCCAACAACACCAGGCACAGAAUUACUUCGUGUUACAGUGACAUGUUCUGAAACGGAUGAGAAAAAUGCCACAUUUAAAGUUGUAACAAAGACGACUCAAGAAAACUUUAAGUUCUCCGACUAUGAGGUUCACCGUAGUGAAGGUGAUUUUGAGUGGCUUCAGUCAGCAUUAGAGGAAGCUUGCCCUGAGAGAAUCAUCCCUCCUAUGGUCUCACACUCUUCAUUACAUGGAAAAAUGAGGGAAGUUCAAAGAUUUUUAUCAAGAAUUUGUGCUCACAAGGUUUUGAAAAAACAUCAUCUUCUGAACUUGUUUUUAACUGGUGAGGGUCAGCUCAAGAGUGAGAGAGACCGACUGGCUGAGGAAUUGGAACAACUGAAGAGAAAGCUUGAUGAAGCAUACAAGGAAAAUGCCACACUUCAUGAAAGGUCUGCACAGGAGUACAAGCACAAUUUACAGCUUGUUCAUCAGCUGUUACAACAACGACUCAAGAAAACUUUAAGUUCUCCGACUAUGAGGUUCACCGUAGUGAAGUUGAUUAACUUUGUGUUCAUUCUAUUACAGAGAUACUUGGAGCAGUUUGCAGCAAAUCUUGAUGGCUUGAUCACACACCUACAGGAUUGUUUGAACAAGAACACAAUAGAUGGUCCUGGUGUUUGGUUCAAAUCCAUGGCUGACUUUGAGCCUGCAGAAACAUACUUGAAGGUGGCUACAGCAGCCCUCAGUAAAAUUUGUAUUGAGUUGGAAAAUAACCGAGAAACAGCAGAAGAAAAACUUAUAGUGAAUGAUCUGAAGAGUGUCUACCACUAUGUGAAGAGUGCUGGGGGACUUCUUCAAAGAGUGCAGGCUGCAGUAGAAACAUUCUUAUUCUGGGAUGAGGAAGUUAGAGCUUAUGAACAGAGGGAGAAGCCAUCUUCAGAAGACAGUGCAGAUAAUAGCAGUGAUCAAACACAGAAGUGGGCUGUGGCAAAUUCUAACUGUGCAGAUGCCAAAACAAGCCUUGAAUUCCUUUGCAAAGACUUGUCAUCUGAGCUAGCACACUUUGACUGGAGAAAAGAAGUAGAAUUACGUGAAAUAUUGACUGAAUACUCAGCACUCAGAUCGGAACACUUUGAAAAGGUCCAGAGUAAAUGGUUUGGUGUCAAACUCAUGGUGGAAGCACCAAUAGCUGCAGAGGUGCGAGCAAUCAAGUGUAUGGAGGAGUCCUGAUGAAAGAAAAUGUAAAAUGAUAAAACCCAACUGACUUGUCUGGCAUCCAGAUUGAUCUGAGUCCUCUUCACAAGUUCCAUAAUGGCAGAAGGGAAUAAAUAAUAAUAAUAAUAAUUAUUAUAAAAAUUAUAAUUGUAAUAAUAUAUGCAGUGCUCUUUUAUCUAAAAUAAUUAUAAAUGUAAGUGUAAAAAAGCCCAAAUGCAAUAGAAUAGCUAGCUAGGAACAGACAUUUAUUAUGUUAAGUAAUGGUAGAGUGUUAAAGCAAACCAAACUUCAAAUGAAAUGACCUUGUUUUUAGUUCUUCCUUCCCAAAUGGAGAAAAAUAAAAAUACUAGCCUGAGGUAAUUUCCUGUGUCUGAUCUUGCAGAAUAAGAACUUGCAAAUGAUUUUUAGCAUUUAAAUCAACUUCCAGAAUUCUUAGUUUGGUAAACUACUGUUGUUUUACAAUGCAGAGCCAUGCUUUGUCAAUAAACAUGGCUCUUGAAUAGAACAUAAUCUUCUUUGUUAUAACUGAUAAAAGUAAAAAAUAUUGUCAUGGUUUGUUAUGAUUUUUACUGUCAUAGGUUUUUAGACCUUUUCCAAGCAUUCAGUUAGCAGGGCUGUAGCUAGAAGAAACUUUUGACUGAGGUAAUGUCCAUGAAAACGUUCUGACUGAGGCAAUGUCCAAGGUUAAAUUCUCUUCCUUGGUAUUUAGGGUGUUUCUGAUGACUGUAAACAACAAAGAACAAAAUGACUGAGGCAAGUGCCUUGGUUUGCCUGAUACAAGCUACAGCCCUGGUUAGUUGGUUAACAUAGGCUGUAUGUUUUUAUCCUAACACAGCCCGUGUGUCCAUUCAUAGGGGUAAGGAGUGAGAGAGAAGCUAAAUACUCGGCAAGUUAGUUGUUGAUACAUGAAGUAGUUAAGAAAUUGGGAAUUAUUUGUACCUACACUGUACAGUUUCAAAUGAAUUAAAUGACCCGAAUUUAUAUUAAAUAAUAUAUUUACUAGUACUGGUAUUUUACAUAAUUUUAAUUAUUACACAUAAAAAUAAAUACAUGCUGCAGUUUUUCACAGUUCCAUUAAUUUAGUUUUUUAAUCCAUUGCUUGUUUUUAGAUAGUUUGAAGUACUUUAAAUUAGCUAUAAAACUUAAAACAAGAUAUCAUAGUUUAAUUUUUGUAGUAUGAAUUUAUAUUAAUUUUGUUAGAAAAUUAAUUGUACACUGCAUUGUACAAGUGUAAAUUCAUCAACUGUCUUUUUUUUGCAUUUCCCUGUACUUAGCAAGUCCAUCACCAAAUUAAUCUGGAAUGUAUUGAAUUCCAAGUCAUCCCAGGGCAGGAAAAAACCUAGGUUAGAUUGCCCGGGGCAAGUAAAUUUUGCUCUUGGGCAAGUGAAAAUGGAAGUUUAGUGGUCCGGUGGGCAAGUGAAAUUAACCUCAGUAGUCUUGUUAGUUGAUAAGGCAUAAACAUUGUGCACCUAUUGGGCAAAUAAUAUUUUAGUGGAGGCAACUUAAGACUGAAGUGAACUGGCCCACUGGAUUUCAAUUUUUUUUUUCCUGCCCUGCAUCUCAUGAUGAUAAUCAUAUCAACAAACAAGCAAUAAUUGCACGCUAAUUGCUUUUUUGCUGCGUGAUUGGCUGAGCAGUACAGAAAAUCAAGAGAGAGGUGGCAAAUAGUAAAUUUAUUUAUCAGCAUACCAUGUGGCGUAAAUAUCACCAUAGGCUCACAAAGUUUCAUAAUGAGAAAUAAAAGCCCACAAAACAUUA